UAUAAAUUCAAGCAAGCCCUCAUCUGGACUUCACUUGAGAACGAGAACGCCAGCGCAACAGAGAACUGAGAGAAGAUGGCUGCAGGAAAAGCUCAGAUUGGAAAGCUGGCUCCUGAGUUCACAGCUAAGGCUGUGAUGCCAGAUGGCCAAUUUAAGGAUCUGAAGUUGUCUGAUUACAGAGGUAAAUAUGUGGUUUUCUUCUUCUAUCCACUGGAUUUCACCUUUGUGUGUCCCACGGAGAUUAUUGCUUUCAGUGAUGCGGCAGAGGAGUUCAGGAAGAUUGACUGUGAGGUCAUUGGGGCCUCUGUAGACUCCCAUUUCUGCCACCUUGCCUGGAUUAACACACCUCGGAAACAAGGCGGUCUUGGUCACAUGAAGAUUCCGUUGGUAGCUGACACUUUGCGCUCCAUCGCAACAGAUUAUGGCGUUCUGAAAGAGGAUGAGGGCAUCGCCUACAGAGGUCUCUUUAUCAUUGACGAUAAGGGAAUCUUGCGGCAAAUCACAAUCAACGACCUCCCAGUGGGCCGCUCAAUCGACGAAACCUUGCGGCUGGUUCAGGCAUUUCAGUUCACCGACAAACACGGAGAAGUUUGUCCAGCAGGUUGGAAACCAGGAAAAGACACCAUCAAACCCGAUGUCCAAAAGAGCAAAGACUUCUUCUCCAAACAGACCUAAGAAGACCAGACUCUGUGCUUUAGUUUAGACGUUUGUGAAGGAUGUUUUGUACUGUCAGUUUAUUUCAGAUAUGGUGUAGAUUAAUGGUUCAUGCCGAAAAGAACAACGUAUUUAAUGGUUCUUAUUUUGGACAAUUCUUUCAUGUUGUUGUAAGCUCUGAUGCUCAAGUGUUUUUGAAGUAAUUAUCUUGCUGUAUAUUUUUUGACCAUAUUCAGAGUAGGCCGUCAUUCAUGUAUCUUUUCUAUUAAAGUUUUGUAAGUGUAGUCUAUA